AUAUAGUGAAUGCGGGGUCCGGGGAGAGAGCGGAUAUAGUGAAUGCGGGGUCCGGGGAGAGAGGAUAUAGUGAAUGCGGGGUCCGGGGAGAGCGGAUAUAAUGAAUGCGGGGUCCGGGGAGACUGGAUAUAGUGAAUGCGGGGUCCGAGGAGAGCGGAUAUAGUGAAUGCGGGGUCCGGGGAGAGCGGAUAUAAGCGGGAGGGUCCCGAGAGAGGAUAUAGUGAAUGCGGGGUCCGGGGAGAGAGGAUAUAGUGAAUGCGGGGUCCGGGGAGAGCAAUUUAUCUGUUUGCUGGUG